ACGAGAUAAGGUCAAAUUGAAUUUAUUAAGUUUUAAAUUUAUAAGUUGUGGACACUAUUUCAACAUUAUAUCACACUCGAAAUAAAUAUAAUUCUUAUUAUGCUGUGUGGAAGUAAACCACAAUAUUUUGUAAAGUAUGGAAGGGAACUAAAUAAACCAUGAAAAUCCACGUUCAUUUCUUGGUUAUCAUUUGUUUGGGUUAUUCUAGUAGUUUGGUUGAAGAAUCUUCGGACACAUGUGAAAUAUCAUUUACGGAGGAACCGACGGGGGAUUUAUUUAAUGAAAUGGAAACACUGCAUUGGAUAAAACUCGAGAAGAUUACUUCAAGGGAUUUCACAUUCAAAUAUUCUGGUUAUGAUAUGAGUAUAGAAGAAGCAAUUGCCUUGGUAAAAGACAAGUUUAAAAAUCAGAUACAGAGUUUUGAUCGAGUUAAAGAGUAUUCAGUGCUUAAAAAAGUAUUGUUCAAGAAUCCUGGAGGGAUUAAUACAGAGGAAAUACAUGACAGUUACUAUGGAAUGGGUGUGGAAAAAGCAUGGCGGCGUGGCUUUAGCGGUCUCAACGUAAUUAUUGCCAUUACUGAUGUUGGUGUUAAUAUAAAUAUCACUGACCUCAAGAAAAACAUAAACGAGGACCUUUCAUACAACUAUAUCAAAGGAGAAACCGACGUGACACCAGAGUAUUUUCAUGAUUACGCCGAUUUACCAUAUCCAGAUCACGGUAACCGAUGUGCAAGUCUUAUUGCUGCAGAGAAAGGAAAUGGAAUUUGUAGCACUGGCAUUGCUUAUAAUGCCACAAUAGCUGUUGUGAAGAUAUUUGAAAUUCUCCAGACGGACAAGUCUGGUUCGUUUAAAACCAGGUCGAAUUCUACAGUGAUGGCAAAAUCAUUAUUGCAUAAGAUUGGUAUCGUUGACAUUUAUUCGAACUCUUGGGCAUUCGAAACACUCUUUGCUCGUAUGACUGGCUUACUGCGAUCAGCUUUGAAAAAAUGUGCAAAAGAGGGUCGACAUGGCCUUGGUGCCAUACUUGUUUUCCCUGCUGGACCAGAAAUAAAUGAACUGAUGAACAGUGAAUAUACAAUAACAGUUGGUGCAGUAGGUAAAAAUAGAACAAUUCCAACUGAUCAUGUUAUAACAUCAGCUGUUCUAACAUCGGGACUCCACGACGGAAAUAAUCUUACAGCUCAAAAUAUGGUAACCGCAACCAUCAAUGAUAGGUGCAGUACACAAUUCGCAGGGGUAUCUGCAGCAACAGCACAAGUAGCAGGCAUGAUUGCUCUAGCGCUUCAGGCAAACCCAAAUUUGACUCGCGAAGACGUGGAGGAUUUACUAGUAUAUUCAUCUGAUUAUGUUAUUCCAAAUGAUGAUAAAAGCAAUGGUAUAGAAAAUGCGGCAGGACUAAAAUUUCAUCCCGUAUUUGGCCCAGGUAUUUUGAAUGCAUCAAGACUUGUAACAAAUGCAAUAGAUAGGACAUUUCAUGUAGAAAUUGUGAAACACACUUUAAAAGCAUCAAACCUAGGCACUGACACUCGUACAGCUGUCUUUUGUCACGAGUGCGGAACUAAUAUAACCGAAAAUUCCACUUGCGUUGCUGUCAUCAAAAAAGCUAAAAUUGAAGUUGUCUACAUAUCAAGUGCCGAUCGUCUUACCAUGACAUUAAAAUCACCAAGUGGUACAACCUCAGUUUUACAGGACUUGUCUACAGAGAAGAUUAAUACAAAAGGGGAAAAAAGGAGACAAAUUCUAACUUCAGUUCAUUUUUGGGACGAAGUGGGUCAUGGUUUGUGGGUUUUCAAGUUGCAAUCAAAUGGACAAAAUGAUGCAAUCGUCAAUAUAUCUUUGACGCUAAUUGGAACAGCACAACAAGAAACAAAUUCUUCCAUUCCUAAUUCAAAGACAAAAAAAUGUGGAGACAAUUUUAACAACGCAACAACAGAAAAUCCUAACAUAAGAUACUCAAAUAAGAAUACGUAUUAUACAGUCAUCAUAUUUAGCGUUGUUCCUGCCAUUAUCUUGAUUUCAGUCAUCCUGGCAAUGAUAUACAGAAAACGAAUACAUAAAUGCUUGCGUUCUAAGCGCGGAAAAGGCAAACACAAAGACGAUGGUGAAUCAUCAAUUGCUUUAACCAAACUCCGCAAUAUCUCUAGUUAUCAUAAAUAUGAAUAUACUUUGACAGAUGCUUCCAACACUAUUUGUUGACACUAACAUGCAAAGAAGCAUUUAACAUUGCACUUAUCAUCAAAAUGCUUUGUUGAAUUAUUUUAUUAGGAAUUUGUGCUUUUUUGUGUUAAUUUAACGCAUUCAGGUUUGUCUUCUUUGUUCGUAUUGUAAAACAUUUAUUAGCAUUUCCAAAAAUGCUAGGAAUCGACGUUCAGCCGGGUAUUUGACUUUUUUUUCGUAAAAAAGACCCUUCCUGGUCAAAAGAGCCAAUGUUUCUUCUUUUAAGAGAAACAUAUCAUAUGUUGUUAACCACAAAAGAGCCUACACACGGAUUUCGAGUUUCGUACAUAAAGACAAUUGUUAAAUUCUAUAUACAUGUAUAGGGAUCCCGACAAAAAAAAGCGAAUGGCGUACCCCGUAGAUGCCCCUUUUUGAGGUCUUUUGUAUUUAAUUUUAUGUUAUCAUGUGGUAUUAAAUUAUCCAUUUUGAUUGGCUGAGGGCAGGUGGUGUACGUGUAUAAAUAGUCAAAUCUUGUUAAUUAUAUAUGUCGCCGGCACUAACAAUUUAAAGGCGGAACAAUAUAUUUGACUUCUGUUAUGAUUCAUUUUACAAAGGCUGGAAUUAUGAUUUGCAGUUUUAUAUCAUUCUUUCUGUUUUUCGUAAUAUUGCAUAACUCCUAAAUUAAUGCGUUAUCAAUGCAUAUUGAUUAUCAAAAAAUACAUUUUAAAACAUUACAGAUUAUAUCAGCAUAACUAGAAGCUCUUGAAAAAACAUAAACUGAUAAAAUAGGCAAAGUGUUUUUAAUUUUUUUGUCUAAUUGACCCAAACACAAAAAUAGUGAUUACAUUAAUAGUAAAUCUAUGAGAGGUUUUCGGAGAAUAAUGGAUUUACAACUUAUGCACGUUUUUUCAUGAAAUAAAAGCAUC